AUGCUUAAUUGUGCAUUAAGAUCAAUAGAUGUUGAUAUUAUUGUUCGAAUGGGUUUCUUUAUUAAUGAUCUACAUCGUGAUAUUCAACGACUACAUUCGGAACAGUUUGAUGGUCAUCAAUCAGGUACAACAUUUACAGUUUACCGUGGACAAGGUCUUUCAAAAGAAGAUUUCACCGAAAUGACAAAAACUAAAGGUGGACUUCUUUCAUUCAAUAACUUUUUAUCAACUAGUAAAAAUCGUAAUAUUUCUCUCAAUUUUGUACAACAAGCUACUACAAAUCCUGGUCUAGUUGGAAUUCUAUUUGUUAUGUCCAUUAAUCCUACUCAUUCAACAACUCCAUUUGCUUCUGUUAGCGAUGUUAGUUAUUUUCAUACAGAAGAUGAAGUUCUCUUUUCUAUGCAUACCAUUUUUCGUAUUGGAGAUAUAAAACCAAUGGAUGGAAAUAAUCAUCUUUAUGAAGUGAAUUUAACAUUGACCAAUGAUAAUGACCAAGAUCUUCGUACUCUUACUGAUAGUAUACGACAAGAGAGCCGUCCGGAUGUUGAAGGAUGGUUCAGAUUAGGGUUUUUGCUAAUUAAAAUGGGUCAGGCUGACAAGGCUCAAGAAGUUUAUGAAGUUUUACUUCAUCAAACAACGAAUGUGAGUGACAAGUCACCUAUUUAUCAUCAAUUAGGUACAAUCAAAUAUGAUCAAGGAGAAUAUCAAGAAGCACUUACAUACUAUGAAAAAUCACUAGCUAUCGAUCAGAAAACAGUUCCCACCAAUCAUCUUAAUUUGGCUAACACCCAUAACAACAUCGGUAUUGUGUAUAGAGAAAUGG